AUGGAGAAGCCUUCUGGCUGGUGCAGGAAGAAGGGCCAGUCCCCUUUGGGCUCCUCCACCAGUCUAAAGAAAAGCAGCGUGGACCCUGAGUGGCUGAGAAAGAGAAUCAGAUACUUUCGACUUAGGUUCCACAUCCAACAUGGAAAUCUGGGAAAGAUCCAUGUAGCUGCCAGAAGGGGUGAUGUGGAAAAAGUACGGCAGGUCCUUCUGUGUGGAGAAGGUGGCCUGAACGACAGAGACGGGAAGGAGAGGACCCCGCUACACUGGGCCUGUGCACUUGGUCAUCAUGAAGUGGUAGCUCUCCUAGCAGAGAAAAAAUGUGAUAUUAACCUCUAUAACAGCAAAAGGAAGACAGCUCUGAUGAAGGCUGUACAAUGCCAGGAAGAGCAAUGUGUAGCUAUUCUGCUAGAACAUGGUGCCAAUCUAGACUUUACAGACUUCUGUGACGACACUGCUCUCCACUAUGCUGCCUGCGGUCAGAACACGUCAAUUGCAGCAAAACUGCUUUCACAUCAUGCAAACAUCGAAGCAAGAAACAAGAGAUGGCUCACACCGCUUUUACUUGCUAUAAUAAAAAACAGACCAGCAAUGGUAGAAUUUUUAGUACGGAACGGAGCAAAUAUACAUGUGACUGAUAACAUGAAGAGAACAGCCCUCAUGUUUGCGGUAAGUCACAAAUCAUCAAAAAUAGUCAGGUUUCUUCUUGAGCGAGGCAUUAAUGCCUUUUCUGAAGAUAUCUACGGAAGGACCGCAGACGCAUAUGCUGCUGCUAAUGGUCAUUUCAUCUUAUUAUAUAUUAUUUCUUAUAUGUGUUUUAUAAUACCUCCUUGCAUGAGUGGACCAAGAAACUUAAAAAUUGCUAAACGAGAGGAUAUAAGAAAUGUAGGCAUACCAGUAACCCAUGUGGAGUCUCCUGACAAAUAUCCUAACUUGAAGCCUACCAUUGAAAUGGAAGAUUCUGUUCCAAAUAAAGCAGUAAGAGUGAAGGAUAUACAAACAUCUAGAUCAGCAGAACAAGACUUUAAAAUGACAGCAGACAAAGAGCAAGAAAGGCUUGAUGGAAGUGAAAAUAAGCAUCCACAGGUUGAUGAAGAAAAGAAUCACAGAAGUAAUGAAAUGAAAAUAUCCGAAAACCUAUAUGAUGGUGCUGCUGCUGCUGCUGCUGAUAAUGUAUUAAUUCAACACAGAAAGAACGGAAGAACUGAUAACCAGCAAUUUCCCAGUGAGGAGAAUGAAGAGUAUGAUAGUAGCAAUCCUGCCUUGCAUAUGAUGGAAGGAAAGAAAAAUGAAGAUGAAAAAUGGACCUCAAAAUAUUCUGUGAUGGCACCAAUGCUGGAGGAGGCCGAUUCGCUACCUGGUGGCCCACUGCAAGUAAACAGUGACAGCCACUUAGGUAAAAUAGACCAGGAUGAUGGAAGAUUUGCCUUAAAACAAGAAAGAGAAAAGAGAAGAGAUGCUGACAUGCUGUGUGACAAGCUUACAGAGCGGUCACAGAAAACAGAAGAGCGGCCCAGUGCAGACGCCGCAGUGAGUCAACGACUCGAAGUGACUCUGAGGACCCGAGAUGCGGAACUGAGGCCUGCCAGAGACAAUCUGAAUCAGCUUGUAGAAGCUCGAAAUGCCAUCCAGAGGCAACUUUCUCAAGAGCAGAAUGCCAGAGUCUUACGAGAUGGGAUAGUGAGCAGGCACCUGUGCGAAAAACAAGAGGAGCUAGAAAUGGCUCAAAAGAAAAUGAAUGAUGAGGCAUUUUCUUCAGUUUACGAUAGUCCUAAAAAAGAUCUGUUGCGUAAGAAUCACAUGUUGCAGGAUGAAAUUCCCAUGCUAGGACUGGAAUUAGACACAAUAAAAAGUCAGUAUCAGGAGAAGGAAAAUAAAUAUUGCAAGGACAUUGAAAUUGUAGAAGAAAAGAAUGGUGACCUUCAAAAGACAGUAAAAUGGAAGAGGGAGACAUCCACAGUAACAAUGUUCCAGUGUAGUGGACAGCUUAGUGUUCUGACAGCUGAGAAUACAACACUAAAUUCUAAACUGGAGGAUGAAAAGCAAAACAAGGAACGGCUGGAAACAGAAGUUGGAUCAUACCAUUCUAGACCGGUUGCUGCUAUACAAGAUCAUGGUCAAAGGCAGGCAUCUAAAAGGGAUGUGGACCUUGCUUUCCAGAGAGUAAGACAUAAGUGGUUAUAUCUACAGGAAAGAGUGAAUUUUGACUUCUCUGUCCUAGAAGAUAAGACUGAAUUUCUUUCUCAAAAACUUUCUAAAGCUGAAAGUACAAACAAUAGCCUAGAAAUUCAGCUCUGUCACACAAGAGAUACUCUCAGAGAAGUGACUUCGGUCCUAGGAUGUGCGCAGAGAGAUCUAAGCCAAACACAGUGUCACAUGAAGGAAAUUGAACACUUGUAUCAAAACAAACAAGGCCAAGUGAAUAAGCGCAUUGGAAAGCAGGAAUCUGUAGAGGAGAGAUUAUCUCAACCACAGUGUAAAAAUAGUUUUCUUGGGCAGCGACUGGAUGACGCUCACGACAAAGCUGAUCAUGAAGCAAGGAUAGCAAUCCAGUGCCAGUGUUGUGAUGCUGUAAGAACACCUCAGGAUCAGAGUAAAAAACCAGGUCUUCUACUAGAAGACGGAGACAAGGAGUUCAUCAACGGAUGUCGUCACUUAAGAGGAAAACUGCAUCAGCAUGAAGAUGAGAACGUAGAAAGAGAAGAUGAUGAUAUUACAGCACAGCUGGAAGCUGCAUUCUCAGAAUGUCUACAUCUGGAUGAAAAGAAUCAAGUUCCUCAAGAAAAGUUAUUACGUUUGAAAACAAUACAAAAGAAAUGUGAAGAACUAGAGAAGGAGAAAAAGCACUUGGAACAAGUAGUAGUGAACCUUAAAGGACAUAUGGAAAAGAACAUGAUAGAACGUGGCCAAGCAGAGCAGUAUAAAUGGGAGAUUGAAGAAAGAGUAAGACAGGAUAUGGUAGAAAAAUUUAAAGAAGUCAAUCUGUUUUUACAGGAACAAGCAGCAUCUAGAGAAAAUUCAGAAAAGUUAAGAGAGGAUCAUAAUGCUUCAGUAAGAAGACAGAUGGAACUCAGAAUUAAAGAUCUGGAAUUUCAACUCUUCAAAAUGAAAAAUUCUCAAGAUGACUCUCAUGAAACAGAAUUGGUAAAAUAUAAGCAACUCUAUCUAGAAGAAUUACAAACCAGAGAAUCAUUGUCAAAUAAACUAAGCAUUGCUAACGAGAGGCUGGCAGAGUUCGAUAUGCUUCUUAUGGAGAAAGAGCAACACACAUCUUUAGUCAGCACUCCUGCUGUCACUACGAGACCUGGCCUGGAGUCACCUAGUGUGGCAAUUACUAAUCAUCAUUUAGUACUCAACAGAAAUCAUUUUCCAAGAGAAAACUUAGUGAUUCCUACCUCAACCCUAUGGCCUUCAAAUAACAGCUUGGAGAACUCCUUGGCCACAUUGGGUAAAGUGCAGUAUAGCCAUUGCACCAGCAGGAAUAGCUGGGUGUGGGAUCUUGUGCUAACACUGAAACAAUAUCCACCCCAUCUGGAUGUGGGACCUCCUGCUGCCACCUGCAAUACAGCAGCCAUUGACAGGGAACUUCUACACAGCUGCACAAGUGAUACCAGCUGUGCCUCAAACCCCCACCCAAGCCACCUCAGUAGCCAGCCCAGCUGUGUGUUGGACACCUGCUGUACCUACCUGCAGUGUGGCUUCCAUUGCCAGGGGCCAGCCACACCACCUCACCAGCCAGAACAGCUGCUCACAGGACCCCUGCCCAAACUGCCUCACCAGCUGGCCCUACUAAGUGCAAGAACCUCCAGUAGUCACAUGCAGUGUGGCUGCUGCUACCAUAGCCAUCACAGCAGCCAGAUAUAA